UACAAGUCGACGAUGGGAAAUUUUCAUGUUAUUUUUAUUGUCGCUGACGAGUGCAGUACAAGCUUCGGAAGAUCGAAGGGUUGGUGUACAACACUAACGCAACCAGACACUGUCUUCGUAACAUGUGGUGAUUCAAGAGACCGAGACGAGACCUUCAAUAAGAAAACAUCAGGAUUUUUCCGGUUAAAAUUGUGAAAAUUUAAGAUGCACAUUCCCAUAGGUACUGUCCAAGAAAAUCAUGUUCCUGG